GUUUUUUCAUCGUCUUAAGAACAUCGUAUCAGGACAUAACCUCAUUACAAUGGGUCUAUGGGUUGACAAAUAUCGUCCCACUAGCCUGGGUAAACUUGAUUAUCACACUGAACAAGCAGCUCACCUCAUAAAUAUGGUUCGACAAGGGGAUUUCCCACAUUUGUUAGUUUAUGGACCUCCAGGAUCUGGGAAAAGAACACGAAUAAUGGGGAUCAUCAGGGAAUUAUAUGGACCUGGAGUUGAGAAGCUGAAGAUGGAAAGCAUGCAAUUUGAGACACCAUCGAGAAAAAAACUUGAAAUCAUGACUGUAAGCAGUAAUUAUCACAUUGAAGUUAAUCCGAGCGAUGUAGGUAUCUAUGACAGGGUCGUUGUAAUGGACCUGAUAAAAACUGUCGCUCAAACCCAUCAACUUGACCCAAUGGGUCAAAGAGAGUUCAAAGUUGUACUGCUCACAAAUGUUGAUCAGCUGUCAAAAGACGCACAACAUGCUUUGCGACGUACAAUGGAAAAAUAUAUAACCACUUGUAGGAUCAUACUUUGUGCCAAUUCAACUUCCCGUGUCUUACCAGCUAUUCGAUCCCGUUGCCUGGGUAUAAGAAUACCUGCACCAAAAAUCAAUGAGAUUACAGCUAUCCUAGAAUUAGUCUGCAAACGUGAAGGACUCACGCUGCCAAAUAAAUUAGCUGUAAGAAUUGCAGAAGCUAGUGAUAGAAAUUUGCGGAGAGCCAUUUUAAUGUUGGAGGCGUGCAAAGUUCAACAGUAUCCAUUUACACCUGAUCAAAAUAUCGCAGAACUUGACUGGCAAGUUUACAUUCGCAACACUGCUAAAUUGAUAGUAGCAGAACAGUCACCAAAAAAACUACUGGAUGUGCGAGGCAGAUUGUACGACUUACUGACUCAUUGCAUACCUUGUGAUCUAAUAUUUAAAGGACUCCUUCAAGAGUUGGUUAAAAAUUGCGACCUUGAACUGAAAACUCAAGUUGCUACUACUGCUGCAGAAUACGAACACAGAAUGCAUCACGGAUCAAAAGCCAUAUUCCAUUUGGAAGCGUUUGUCGCAAAAUUCAUGGCAAUAUACAAGAAAUUUAUGGAUAACAAUCUCGCAGCCUUCAUGUAAUGAUUAUUCAGCGUUAUUGGGAAAAGUAAAAUAAUUGGCUCAAUUUUGUUAAGGUCUCAAAGUGUGUAUGUUUUGUAAAAAAUAAAGUUGUUAUUUAUUA